AUGCAGGUUGGAGGCCUUCCUUUGAUAGAGCUAAACCACCUGGAGCUGCAAUUCCUGCUGCUCAACGACUUUCGUCUGGCCGUCCCCGUCGAGGAGCUCGAGGCCUACGGCACCAUGCUCGUCCAGUUCUAUGCCAGGGAACUCGUUGCGCAACAGCAGCAACAACAACAACAACAACAACAGGGAACACCUCAGCCCGGUUCCAACGCCACGGCCACAAGCGCCAUGCAACACCAGGGCGAUCCUCCGGCCCAGAACGACAGAUUCACACCAACACAUACAUAA